AUGCAGGUGGAUUCUACACUGAUGAAUGUAGGGGAUGGGGGAACAGUGAGCAGAGAGAUCAGCGCUCCAAAUAAAGUCACCACAACUAUGGUGGGAAAUCCUCCCCAGACACUACCCCCUGAGUUUAGAGGAGAUGUUACCCUCAUUUCUUGCUAUAAAAAGGUACGUGUCAUCGCCAGCCAACUUUCUGACUUGACAUGGGACAGUCCCAAAAAUGUUGAACAGCCAUCCCAUAAAGACGAUGAAAACUACAGUCUUCAUAAAGAAAAGGUUCAGAUAAGAACAAAUAAAGAAGCAACAGAGGAGUGUGUGCCCAGAUUGAGGAGAGGGCGACAGCGGACGGAUGAAUCUCGACGGGAUCUUUGGGGGUUUGCCACUCCUUCUCCACCAUCUACACCCCCUCCUACAAUAUCUCCACCUCUAACUCCACCACAGGCAGCUCGCCGACCUCGUGGACGCCCGCGCUCAACUCCUCUGCCACAGCAAGCUGCUCUGGGCAAAGGCAAGAACACCAGCGCAAAUACACAGAGUGCUGCUAACCGAAAGAGGCAACGCUGCAAAAACAAGAAGUAUCAAACUGGGGAUUAUAUCACUGACAAAUACAAAGUGGAUGGUGGAGAACAACGUGGAGGAGACGAUUUGCUUAGUCAAGAUCAACAGAACACAGCAGAAUUGCAGCAGAACCAGAGUUUUUCUGCGUCCAGCCGUGACACUCGCAGACUUUCACUGUCCCGCUCAGCAGCAGUGUGCUAUGAUGAGCGCGAUGAGUCUCCAGAGUGCACAGACAAACCUUCAGGGAAGAGGAAGUUCAAAAGCAAGCACUUGAGUCCCAGUGAUGAACCAAAGGUGAAUUGUAAGCAGCGGCUGGGAAAGAGGAGUUGUUCACGGGUGGCAGAUGAAGACUGCAGUUAUGCUAAGAAAGUGGCCAGCCCUCCAGUUUCACCUAAAAGUUUGCCAUCACCCCCAGCGAAUGUCAAUGGGUCAAUAAGAAAGAACAGUGUGUCGGAGUCCCUCCCCAAAAGGGUCAUUCCCCCUGAGGUGCGCCGGCUCAUUGUCAACAAAAAUGCUGGAGAGACUUUAUUGCAACGUGCUGCUCGUUUGGGUUAUCAGGAUGUAGUUCAGUACUGCCUGGAAAAGGACAUUCGGGAGGUGAACCGCCAGGACAAUGCUGGUUACACCGCUCUGCAUGAGGCAUCCUCCAGAGGUUGGGUCCAGAUCGUCCAGAUGCUGCUAAAGAAUGGAGCUGAUGUGAAUUGCAGCGCUCAGGAUGGGACACGACCUAUACAUGAUGCUGUGGCGAGUGAUAACUUGGCAAUUGUCUGGUUGCUUUUAAAUCAUGGAGCAGAUCCAACAUUAGCGACCUACUCUGGCCAGACUCCUGUCAAACUGGCUCAUAGCUCAAGCAUGAAGACGUUCCUAUCAGAUUACUUCACAGAUUUGCAAGGCCGAAGUGAACAAGACCCAGGUCUUCAUUGGGAUUUCUAUAGUAGCACUCUGUUUGAAACUGAGCAGGAGCCGUGCUGGGACUUCCUGUUGUCGGAGCAGAAUUCUGACCCUGAACAGGACAGAGGUGUGAGGACGGAUAAGGACCACGACCAAGACAAAGACUGUCUUGUAUUUGAGUUCUCCUCUGAGCCUCUGCUUCCUUGUUAUCACGUUCAGGUGUCACUCACACAGGGGUUCUGUAACUGGUUCCUUCUGACUGAUGUCUUAAAGCGAGUGAAACUGUCCACAAGAACCUUUAAGGCGCGCUAUCCACACUUGGAGGUGGUGCGUUUGCCUUAUGCAGAGCUCCUGAAGCAGGUCUCUGUGAGUCAGGUGAGUCCGGCUUUGGAACCCCCACUCACAGUUCUGAGCAAAGACACUGAUGAUGAUGACGCUGAAGAGGAGGAGCCGGAUGAGGGACAAGUGGAACUAGUGCGUUGUGUGCCUGAACUCCAGAUACUUUUGGGCUCAUCUCUUCAUAUCCUUCAGGACAAUGAGGAAGAGGAGGAGCCAAAAGAGGACAAACUAACCAACACAAGGAAACGUAGCCGGUAG